AUUUCAGUGGAACAUCAUAUUAGUGUUGCAUGGCACUACUAUGAGGAUGUUCUUGUGUUCUGUUCAGAUGCAACUUAUUAUAGGCUAAUUGUUUUACAAUUUUUUUUUGGGGGGGGGGGGGGGGGUGCCAAAGAAGAAAAUCAAAAUGCAUAAAGCGCUCUCUCUCCUUAAACAGCAUUUCUGAAGCUUGACUUCAGGUCACUACCUCAUCCCAUACAUAAAAGGAGAAUAUAGCCUUUAAUAUGACUUAAUCAGCUGUGUAAGCUCUAUGGCAACAUCACACAUGCAAAUGUAGGCUUUUUAUAUUUGUGAUGUUUGUAUUGAUUUUGCUAGACAUGAUAAAGAUAAGGAACAAGGAUUUUAUGCAUAUUAUUAAAUAUAGGCUUCACCUAAAAUAGAAGGGGAUUGCCGCAUUUUUUCAAUAAAAAAUUAUAAUUUCGUUAGUAAAUAAAAAGAAAAUGUUUUGCAUUUAAUGAGUAUGUUAUUACAAUGAAAGUUACGGUGUCAUAAAAACAUGCAGCCUAAUGUCAACAGUCAUGGAACUAGUCUACUUUAACAUGAGGGACGUCUUCUUCGCUGUUUUUUCCAUUAUAAACUUUAUUUAAAUCCACUUUUAAAACAUUAAUGAGACACCUGCACCAUCCUCCAAGUCUCCAGCCCCACCCUUCUAAUUUCUAACUUGGAUUGUUGGUCGACAGUCUUCAAACUGGAAAACGUGUUGGGGACUUUCUCCUCCCAAACAACACUGACGGGAAGGUUCUCUUUCUCCAGAUCUGGUUUCUCUCUCUGUCUCUUUCUCCGUGUGGCAUGUGGAUGUAAGAGAAGGGAAAGCUUUGACAAUUAUUGCAUCCAUUGCUCUCGACCUCCUCUGAAACAACAUGGGGAGAGUGAGCGUGUGGUUGAAGCGGAGUUACAUUAUCGUGACAAGUCUGAUCGCGAUAAUCGGCGUCCUGCUGUUAGCCAUCACUCUGUUUAGCCACAUAUACCUCCGCAAGGAUGAAGAGAUAGAGACUAUGCUAACCGGCUUUUAUGGCAUGUACGUUCAUGCCCUCAUUCCUCUGCUCUUGAGUAUCAUCGGUGUGUAUGGCGUCUGCAAGCAGAAGAAGUGGGCGCUCAUUGUGUCUGCAGUGGGAAUGAUCCUCUGCAGCCUGUAUCUGAUUGUUAGUGAAAUUGGAGUACUGGCUGUGCAACCUGAGUUGUCUGAAGAUUUAAGGAUGCGCUACCUGAGUUUGCUGCCCUUGUCUAACGCUACAGAAGGUGAUCUAAAAGCCGUCCAUGGAAUAGAGAAGCAUUUACAGUGUUGUGGACUGGAUCGGGGAUACCUUGACUGGGGCAACAACAUCACAGAGUCCUGCCUGUGCACUGAAUGGUCCAUCAAUCCAUGUGUGGCACUUCCUAUGAACAGCAUUAAUUUACAGUCUGCUGGUGUCCAGCCCGUCAUGAUUUUCAAAGAGCCGUGCAUUCCUCAUCUGAUCGCUCAUCAAAUGGUUGUAUUGUAUUCUUGCUUUGGCGUAAUGCUGGGAAUCACAUUACUCUUGUUGUUGUCAGUGGUGCUGUGCAUCGUGAUCUUGUGCCGGCUUGAUCAGAAGGAUGACACCCCUACAGUGGUCUACAGUCCAGAGGCCAAUGCAGGAAACUACAUCAUUCUCGCAGAUGCUGCAGCCAACACCUGAGUUCAUUUUUGGCAGCUUUUCAAAUUACCAUAUUCUGCAUGAAAAUAACAAAAAUGGUAACCAUGGUCUCGGCACAAGGAUAUGCAGUACACUAAGAUGCUUAGUGUACUAACAAGUAAAACAAUACUUUCUUAAGUUUUUUUAUUCAAGGUUUAAGUGGAUUUUUUUAAAGUUAGGAAAUUAUGUACAAUACAUCUGCAUGACUCUUAUAUACUACAUUCACUUCAACUGUUUUCAGUGUGAGUAACAUAAUUUGUGUUCACCACUGAACCCAUUCAAACUAUCUUAUGUAGUAUAAUCCCACUUUGAUAUAGGAGACUUGAUCCUCUAUACAGUGGAGGUUAAUCAUUUUCAAGAGAUGUGAGUUAUAAAAUAUAAAGCUCUGAUAAAGAUAUGACUGCAAAAAUAUUUACUUUUGGAAUAUGUACGGGUUUUCAUAAGAUGUGUGCUUUUAUUUUGUAAUUUUGUGCGAUUCUUGAAUUUCUUGAAGUAUUUUUUGCUGAACGUUUUGUGAACUUUUUGGUUUCCUAUAACGCUACUGGAGUACUUCAGUGUUUAAGGGAAUAUUUUUUUGUACAAUUUGGCACAAGGGGACGUCAAUGGUGCGUAACAUUUGUUUGGCAUGACAGGCAAUUACGAGGAGUGGGUGCCUUUGUUCAUGACUGGAAGUGUUAAGAAUACAGAUUACUGGGAAGGUGCAACUUGAUACACUUUCUUGUUCACUUUUUUUGGGUGCCUAAAGGGAAAAUGGAAAUGUGUAAAGCAGCCAUUUCUCACUUGCCUUAUCACUUGUUGUGGUGUGUAUGUUUUAUGAGUUAGUCAGCUGUGUAACCUUCCUGGAAUCAUCACAAAUGUAAAAUCUGAAAAGUCUUGUUUUGGGGACCUCUGAGACUAAUUAAACUCGUUGAAAAUGAAUAUAAUAUGGGACCUUUAACUCAAGUAAAGUACAAGUACCAUUAUACUUGAGUAUUUCCAUUUGAUCUACACUCUUUAUUUUUACUCCACUACACUUCGAGGGGACAUUUUUUUAUAUGUAUAUCCCCAUUUAAUAAUUAAUUAUUUUCAAAACACUGUUAAAGACAGAACCAGUGAUUUUAAACUGAUUCUAAAAUGACAUGUAAUUAAAUUACUUUUUUUUAACUCAUGGAAAUGAUUUCAUGACAUCAUAGGAACAAGAAUCACAUAUUUUAUUCCUGCUAUUUACAAAAUAUUAUAUACCUUCAUCCCCAUAAAUAAAAAUAAAAACAGUGUGACAGAAAUCAAAACACCAACAACUUUGCAAACACAUAUUUGAACAUAUUUUAGGCAUUUAUGGUUAAAGUGCACAGGUAGACAUUGGAUCUGCUGUUUCAAAUGAAAUUCAUUCGACAGGAUGUUAAUCAAAGAGAUGUUAGAACCGCAGGCAGCCCAUGCAGAAAGUCAUGUGAGAAGUGAUGUCGCAUGAAGGCUUCUCCGGAGAGAUUGGCAUCAGUAUAGGUGACCUACUUUCCUUAAAGAGCCUCUCAAACCUUUCUGCAGCUGCCUGGCCGACAUAUCCCAUAAAAUUAAAAACCACAUUUUGGAAGCAUGAACUGAGGAUUUACUGCAUGUCUACUGCAUGUGCAACCAAACAGAGUCUUCUCUCCUCCCAUUGGACAUCAUUUAACAUAAUUAACUCAUUAACUGUGCUUCAAAAACAGAAUAAAACAGAAGGAUUAACGUUCAAAUGUGCUUAACAAGGCAUCAAGACAUUCUGGUGUCCCAAUGAGAGCCAUGGCUCACUCCUCUGUCUGACCUGAUUAUGUACCCAAGAAAAUACAUCGCUCAAUUAUAAAAUCAAUUAUUACAUUUCAAUCAAACACUUUGUAAACACUGUUUAAGAAAGGUGCUACAUACGGGUUAUUAGUUGGAUUAUAUAUCAAAGAUUAUUAGUUGCUCUAAUGCUGGAAAAAUGAACGAGUGAGCUUUAGAUUACGACAAGCAUCUAAAUAUAUAUAUAUAUAUGUGU